AUGUCUGUCCCCGGCAUUGCCCAAGUUUCUCGUCGCCACGACACGGGAUAUUUACCAAUAGAGAAUUAUGGUCUAAUUGGGAAUAUGAGAACUUGUGCUUUGGUAGGUAUCGAUGGAAGUAUUGAUUUUAUGUGCUGGCCCGAUUUCGAUUCUCCUUCGGUAUUUGGUCGACUUCUAGACAAAGAUAAAGGUGGCCAUUUUUCAAUCACUCCUGCAUCUGGAGUUACUUUCAAUACAAAGCAACAAUACCUUCCAUCUUCAAAUAUCCUACAAACUCGAUAUAUUCAUGAAGAGGGUGUAGUUGACUUGAUCGAUUUCUUUCCACGUCCUAACCAUAGUCAUGUCGCAAAAAAAAGCUCCAUGCCGUUUCGAGAAACUACAAAAGUUCAAGGCGAAUUGAAAAAAUGGCUGGUACGUCGAGUCGAAUGUAUUCGAGGUAGUGUCGAUUUAGAUGUGGAGAUAUUUCCAGCUUUCAAUUAUGCCCGCGAUGAACAUGAUCUCGAAAUUCUUAUGCCGGAGCAUCCCCCAGGAGCACUGGAGAGCAAAACGGUUACCUUUACCAGUAAAGACAUAAAACUUCAACUCGAUGUGACUAUUGAUCAUGGUGAGGAGAAUAAAGAGUCAUGCCCCUCCCUAAUAUUCCGUCGAGUAAGACAGAAGGAAGGUAAAGGUGAUGGUGUUGUUGCAAAUAUACGAUUACAAGAAGGUCAAGCUAUUUCGUUCGUCUUGCGUGAUGAUAUUCCCAAUCAUAUUACUAGGGAUGUCACUACCGAAGUUUUAGAUGCACAACAACAUGAUACUCAAAGAUUUUGGUCAAGCUGGAUUGGUCAAAGUAAAUAUACAGGUCGCUGGAGAGAGGUGGUUGCUAGAAGUUUGAUGAUUUUAAAGUUAUUGACUUACGAGCCUACUGGUGCAAUUAUUGCGGCACCCACUUUCUCUAUUCCUGAAGAUAUUGGAGGAGUCCGCAAUUGGGAUUACCGUUACUCCUGGGUACGAGAUUCUAGUUUCACAAUUUAUAUUCUACUCAGGAUGGGAUUCGUUGAAGAAGCCGAUGCAUACAUGAGCUUUAUCAGUGAUCGAUUUAGAUUGUCAAGAGGUCCAGAUGGUGCUUUACCGAUAAUGUUCACAAUUCGUGGCGAGACUGAUAUUCCGGAAAUUGAGCUUGGCCAUCUCUCUGGUUAUAGAGAUAGUGGUCCAGUUCGUAUUGGUAAUGGUGCAGCUUUUCAUCAACAGUUCGAUAUCUAUGGUGAGCUUAUGGAUGCUAUAUAUCUUUGGAACAAAUAUGGAAAGCCUGUUACAUGGGAUCAAUGGGUAGCAGUAAGGGAAAUUCUAGAUUAUGUUUUGAAAAUCUGGAAAGAAUCCGAUAUGUCGAUUUGGGAGGUCCGAAGCAGAAAACAAAAUUACACAUAUUCCAAGAUUAUGCUCUGGGUAGCAUUUGACCGUGGAGUACGUCUUUCGGAAAAACGUUGUUUGCCUUGUCCGAAUAAAGCAGAAUGGUUAAGAGUUCGUGAUACUAUCUAUGAAGAAAUCAUGGAGAAAGGCUACAACACUGAUCUACAAGUCUUUGUCCAAAGUUAUGAAUCCCGCACCAUGCUUGACUCAUCUAUUCUCAUUGCACCUCUCGUCUUCUUCAUCUCUCCCAAUGACCCACGAUUCCUAAAUACAAUUGAUAAAAUUCUUCUUUCCCCUGAAAAAGGAGGUCUCACAGAAACCGGUCUCGUCUUCCGUUACAAUACUGCUACAUCCGAAGAUGGUGUUGGUGGUCGCGAAGGUGCAUUCUCUAUGUGUACUUUCUGGUUGGUUGAAGCACUUACUAGGGCGGGUGUUUAUGAUAGGAAGUAUUUGGUAAAGGCAGUUAGCAUAUUUGAGAAUAUGUUAAGUUUCGGUAAUCAUUUGAGUAUGUUUAGUGAGGAGAUUGCGAGGAGUGGUGAACAAUUGGGAAAUACGCCACAGGCAUUUAGUCACUUGGCUUUGAUUAGUGCAGCUUUUAAUUUAGAUAGGGCGACGAAGGGGAAGGUUUAA